GGGUGGCUGCAGGACCCGGGAGAGACAGAAACAAGCGGAUUAGACACACGGACCCCCGCACUCGGGGGCCCCCCACUGCAGAAUCUCCCGGGCCGGGGCGCGGAGCCGGGCCCUGCAAGCCCCUUGCUACAGAUCGGGGGGUUCGCAGGAUUCACAGCCAAGCAUUCAAAGAAAAGAAACCGGUGCUAGGGAGCGGGGCCGGGAGGGAAAUAAACUAAUUUGGCAAUUAAAUACCGGUUAAUAUCAGAGAAACUACCAACCCCCAUCUCUCCCUCCCAGCAAAAUGCACAGUCUAUAGUUAUACCAAGUGUAUUUAUGUUGCGUUUCAACGCUCCCCAGAAGCCAGGUUUCGUGGCAUUAGGAUGGGGAAGGGAGAUUCCUAAAAAAGAUGUUUUUAAAGAGGCGGGAGACAGGGGUGGAAAUGCGAGCAAGCAAAUGGGCUCCAAAAGUUAAGGCCGAAGUGAAACUGACGAGGCAAAAUCCGGCGGGGAACGCAAAGCGGAUUGCGAACCCCCCGACCCCCCAAUCCGUACACAACACCAUUACACAGCGGCCUCCACAAGACCCCGGAGGGGAGUUUUCAGGGUUUGUUUGUGUGUUUAAAUUACAAUCCAGGGAAGAAAAAAUCGAGCGGGGGAGAAUCACAACACACAAGUUAGGAACACGCCGAGCUGGGAACAGUGCAGCACCUCUGUGGAGUUGGGUACUCUGGGUAUUUUUGAAAGCACAGUCUUGGAGUGGAAGAAAUAUCCCAUUGUUCUCAUCUUCGUUGCAAGAAGACAGGAGAAAAAUGACUUCGUACAAACUUGUCCCAGGCGAUGGCAGAAAAUCCGGGCGCUGGAGAGACUCCCCGCUCCCUAAAAGAAACAAACAAAAAAAGAAAACACACAAAACCAGACAGACAUCAGCAGCUCUUCGGAGCGGAAUCGACAAGCCAGGUUGCUUCCAGGGCACAACACAAACCGCUGGGAUUCGGAGUUUUACAGCCAGACCAGAGCGGUGCAGAUCAAGCGCAAAGAAAUACAAUUUAAAAAACAACGAUUGCAAAUAAUCGAAAGCGUAGGGAAGUUGGGACUAUUUUUUGUGCAUUAAAUGAAAUCGUUUGGGGCGCAAAGAGAGAGGCGCAAGCGCACAGCAGGGCAGCCUGAAAAGCCCCCUGCUCGCUGCAAACAGGCCUUUAUUUCGCUCUGCGCCAAAAAAUCCUGUCGUGCAAAUAAAAUCGAAAGUCCACCCCCCCCCCCUUUUCGUUGUCAGUUAUUACGGUUUUAAAGUUUUUGCGCAUGUAGAGAAGAGGGCGGCGAGGGGGGCAAUCAAUAUGGCCAUACCCCUCCCAAACGAAGUGAAAUAAGAAAGUACCAGAGUCGAGCUGGGGGGGGGGGGGAAUAGUUUUUUAAGCAGAGUCACAUUAACAUACAAUCGCCGUGGGGCUUGGAGGGGGGCACAA